AUGUACCACACCGACAGUCAGAUUCAGCCAAGCCCCUACCACGCAGUAGCAGGGAACGGGCAGGUGCGCGCGGAGCUGCUGCGCAGCGCUCCGGUGCGGCGCGCGCGGCCGCGGGCGGGCGACCCGGCGUCGGCGCCGCCGCUGGUGUCGCUGGUGGGCGGCGCGCUGUGGGCGCUGGUGCGCGCCGCCGCCGCGCUGCCGCUGCUGCUGCUCUGGCUGCUGCUGCUGCCCGCCGCCUGGCUGCUGCACCGCGCCCGCUGCCUCUGCCACGCCCUGCGACCAGGCGGCGGCGCGGCCGGCGGCCCGGCGCGCGCCGCGCAGCCGCAGCUGGCGGUGCUGGUGUUCGAGCGCCAGCUGGACGUGUCGCGGCUGCGCAACCUGGUGGCGGCGCGCGUGCUGCCCGCCUGCCCCCGCCUGCGCCGGCUGCCCGUCUCCACGCCCGGAGUGCCUUCCCCCCGCUGGACGCCGGACCGCGCUUUCAGCAUCGAGCGGCACGUCUUCGCCGCGCCACCCCUCGCUUCCGAACAGCAACUGCAGGAAUACGUGUCGGAGCUGCUGCAGGCGCCGCUGCCUCCGGACCAGCCGCCGUGGGAGCUUCGCGUGCUGGCCGCGGGCGGCGACACUGCCGCGGUGCUGCGCGCGCACCCGGGCCUGGCCGACGGCGCCUCGCUGGUGCGACUGCUGUGCUGCGCCCUGGCGGACCGCCGCGCGCGCACGCACCCGGGACCCACGUGCUGCGCCUCCGCUGCCGGCGCCAAGAACGGCUCUACGCCGGGGCGCGGCCGCUGGCUGGCGUCUCGGGCGCUGCAGCUGGCGCGCGCCUGCGUGCUGUGCCCGCUGUCGCUGCCCGCCUGGCUGCUGCUCACUCCCCGCGCCUCCGACCUGCUGGCCGGGCACGGCGACCGCGACGCCUGGACCGUCCACUGGAGCGCCGCCAUCGCGCUGCCGCACGUCGUGCGCAUCAAGCAGGUGACGCGGACCUCGGUGAACGGCGUGCUGCUGGCGGCGGUAGCAGGGGCGCUGCGGCGCGCGCUGCAGGCGGCGGGGGUGCGGCAGCCGCCGGACCUGAGCGCCCUCGUGGCCGCCGCCGCGCCCGGGCUGGAGGGCGCAGUGCCGCGGCUGUGGGCGACGCGCGCCGCCCUGCGCUCAGUGCACCGGCGUGCGCUGCUUCUGCGGGUGGCCACCGCGGCGCUGCUGGCGCUCGCGCCCGGAGGCUACCUGCUGUCGCGCCUGCUGAGGGCGCUCGCAUGCAGGUCCUCCCUGCAAUUCGCCUCGCUGUCUGGGCCCGCUGUCCCUCUACAGGUGGGCGGGCGCUCGCUCAAGGCGGUGUUCCCGCUGCUGGCGCCACUGCCGCCGCUGGGGCUGGCGGUGACGGCGCUGACGUACGGCGACCGCGUGCUGGUGUGCGUGGCCGCGGACACGGCGCUGGCGCCAGCCGCGACGCUGCUGCUGGCGCAAGUGCGCGCGCAGGUCGAGACGACGUGGCGCCACCUGCUGCUGCGGCGGGUGCCCGGCGAGGCGCGGCCGCUCACCAUCUGCUCGCCCGUCCGCGAGCUUCGCCUGCGACUGAGCUGUGUGCAGGAGGAGAUCCGACGGCUGAGCUGCUCGGACGGCACGCAGCGCCUACAGCAACAUCAGCAGCAGCAGCAGCAGCAGCAGUUCUUACUGCCGCGAGCUUCGUGCACCUCGAGCGCUUCUCCGCAGCCGACGCCGCGCGUCCGAUCGCUCUGCGCAGAGUUCUCCGACCUGCUCGCCGAGCUGCGCAGGCGCCGCUCGCUGGCGCUGGGCGAACGCAUCCCGCUGUGCUCGGCCCCCCGCCGCCGCGCCGCCUCCGCCAGCAGCGUCCGCCGAUCCUUCACGCUGGGCGAGACCAACUUCGGCUUCGGCGUCUCUCCGCACGGCACCGACAUGGAGAUGGCGCACCUCAGCGCCUUCUCGUGCAUCCACUCGGGUGAAGAGAGUAAGCACUGCGCCUGCAAGCGCACUGCAGCCAACACCCACAGCGCCGAAUUUGUUCUGCACGAGGACCUGGCCGAGAGGGAACUGCUGCUGCAGGAGAGCGUCCCGCAGUCGUUCCCCAGAGUGAACGCCAUCGACAGCAGCCACAACUGCGUACUGCUGGAGUCACCGAGCGCCUCGGGCGAGCGCCGAUGUUUUGCUCAGGACCCCUGCCGGAACUGUGAUAUCGCCCGAACGGCGUGCUCCUGUUACGGGUACAGCAAAGCGGUCGUGUGUCCCCACUGCAGGAACCUCAACACCGGCACGAGGACGUGCGCCUGCCCCACGUGUGACAUAUACUCCGACGGCAACAGUGCUUCCGACGAUUAUCGCAUGGUUGCCGUGGGGGACCAAGUGUACGCCGCCGACAUAUGCUGCGGCUGCUCGGCCAUCAGCGCGAGGGACGUCAGCAUAACUGUUGAGGGCAACCCGCACGUGAUGAAGUUCUUGGCCGCCGCCGCCGCCACCAGCCAAUCGGCGCCCCCGACGCCUCAGCCCACAAACAGGGGAAGGACAACUUCCUAUUAGAGGAGUAACACAAAAACGCCCACUUUUUGAGGUCAUCCAGGUAGCAACCUACUGCUUUGUCACACAGAGGAACAAUAGUCGAUAUACGAUGGUAACGGAUGUUCACAUCAAAUUAAGCUAUGUAGAACUCUACCCCUGUAUCUUAAAUCAGGUAUAAAUCGGUAUAGAUGUUACCAAUCAUCUUCAGAUGACGCUUGGAACAGUUUGUACAUUUAUAUCAUGAUGAAGGCAACUUCAUACAGCACUAAGGGCUAUACUGGUGUUAACAUCAAACUGGCACUUUCCACGAGUUAUGCACUGUUCACUAUAAUUCAGUUCUCUCCACCAUAGUCUAUAUCGCUAACACACGCUUGUGUGGGGAUGCUCGACUCGGAGGUAGGCAAAUCGAAUUUUGGUGGUGGAAGAAAUUUUUACUUCUAGUAUUUGUCUGAGAAGGGGAGGAGAUGCAGUGGCUUCAAGUUCAUGGUCACCAAACUUUAUAGCUAUGUGCAGGAUCAAAUUCCAAAUUUCACCGCUGCGUCUCACGGAAUUACGUUUCGUAACACCGUUGAUGGUGAUCUGUCUGUCGGAUGGGGAUGAUAAGCCCAGUGGCUCACUUGUCGAUAUUUGAACUGGUAGACUAUUUGUUGACACCAGGUUAACCCUCUCCAUUCUCUCAUCAUCAUAGAACACAAACAGGCCACCGCACUGAACAGAUGAAUUUAAGACCAAAUUUCACACGUCGUGAAGGCAAUCUGCCACUGUGCACGAAGGAUGGAAAGCAUUUCCAGAUAUCCACCCGAACCAACACAUGGCUUCUCCCUGUCAGUCAUAUCAAACGACAACAUUUUACCACAAAUCAGUAUUUGUUGCUCUUUCUGAGAUGUUUCUGCAGUUCGUACGUAAUUAAUUAACUACAUAACUUUUGAAUGUUUAUUCUACAGUUUACUUUCUUAUUAGUUUAGUUUUUUUAGUGUAUAUUUGUGUAAUGGAUUUAUUUUCGUGUGAUCUGAUCUGACAGCAAAAGGAAAAACUGUGACAUGCACUAUGUAUUUUUGAUCACCAAAUCCCAUAGUCAUCACGUGAAAGUGUCUUCAUCUGUCUUCCACACCUGAAGUGAUGAUUUCGAUAGCAUUCCAGUAACGUUUUCUGUUUUAUCUGCAUCAUGGAAGCGAACCUUUGCUGAGAGUAUUGCUCCUUUAAUGGCGACUUCAAUAUAAAUUUUCGUUGCAGUAAUUUGUGUGGGAAGGUGAUUAAACUAAAGAAGAAACCCAGAAUUUGUGUUUCUUGAAGUUGUAAUUUUUUUUAAUUAUUCUUCAUUUUGCUUCUCAGCGCCAACUGUACAACUUUGGUAAAUCAACUUAGACACUUCAUUGAACAAUGAAAUAACUUCUGUACUUCUUUCGUUGUUUUACUUUUAAUACAUCUUUCUUGUACACUCCACUUCUGUUCCAACGUUAAUUUUGUCACUUCUUUGCAUGCACAUCCAACUUACACUAACUUCUCAUCCCUUCAAUAGGGUGCCAAGUAGCAUUCCACUCUUUUAUCGCGUGAACAGCACGCAAUAGUAGACAGCAACAAAACAAGCAUCUUUCAUGUGAUCGUCAGAAGAGUGCAAUUAUCUUCUGAACAAUUUCUUUUCUUUACGAUACUUUUAUAACGAAACAUGUGCAUCAAUGAAGCACUGAGUUCAGGGGAAAAUUUAGAUAUUCAGUUGCAUAUAAAGAAGUAUAAUGAUCUGUGGAUUAACAAAAAUUGAGAUGACGCCUAUGGUGUCACAGGAUAUAGUCUCCUUAGACUGUCAUUUUGUAAACAUAGUCACAAGAAACCGACCAGCAUUUACUGUGCAACUGAUAUAACAUCUCUGUGUUGGCCAAAAUAAUAGUAAUAGAUAUUGCAUUGUAGAGAAUAGUGCUGUACUCUGUGGCUGCAGUGCAGUGAGAAGUUGAAUGUCGAUCACCAGUAUCUCCCAUACGACCACAAGAAACAGCCUCCAGUACCCACCUUCAUACUACAACAGAAGUAAGUUAGCUUGUGCACGUCCCAUCUGAAGAUGAGCUUGUGAACUACAGGGUCCACGAAACAUUUAAACAGGCGGUACAGAUAAACGGGGAAGAACAACAUAACAAUGGAUAUUGUGGGACAAACCCUCGAAGCUUUUCCCACAAUGUUCAUAAAUGUUCUAUGUAUCCACACUUCGUCACACGGUGCUCAUCUAAUCGGUAGUCUAAUUCUGCGCGUACCAAAUCCAGAGUAUCAGGGGUGACUGUAAGAACACAGCCCGUGGUCGGUGUCGCAAGUCUGCGAAAUUCUGUGGUAGAGAUGGAACACAAACGCUAUCCUUGAAGUAAAUCCACAAGAAAAAAUCCAAGGUGUCAAGUCCAGUGACUGGCGGCAAGUCGAGCAGCGCCAGCUCAACAGUCGGAAACACGGUCUGUACAGCGGCAUAGCAACACCUCAUUCAGGUACUCUUAUACACGUACCACUUCACUGUGCUGUGUAAACUUACGUUGUAUUUUGAAAUUUCCCAAGGAAAGCUCUUUGCGUACACACUACCCACUGGCAUCCGGCUAAAUGUCGCAUACAAAACACUGUCUCUGCCGGGUUCGCAGCCAUUUUCAGCAACUACGGUAGGUGGCGUCCCCGUCGGCGAUUUUUCAAAUUAUUUUGCUGUCACCACCAUUAAAAAAAAUGCCCUUGAAAGUUCGCCUUUUACCUGCUGUAUCAUUUGAUACGUUACGUCUAGCUUCUUACGUGUAUAGAUUUUAUUAAAUUGUUUCAUGGACCUUAUAAUUACCCUGUAUAGAAAUAGUUCAUAAGUGAGUAACCGCAGCUAUUUGUUUUCAUAUUGCAUACGAUAUUCACGUCUUUCAGCCUUCAGAAACGAAACGUGUUCCACCAGAUAGUUACUGGAUUCAUGUAUUUCGCAGUCGGCGAUUUCGGUACGUGUUACGUUUUGAAGUGAUAACUCAUGAUGAAGUGUAUCAAUACACAUUUUUUACUGUUAAGGGGGUGUCGUCCUCAUGUAAUCUAUAUUUACAUAUUUCAACUCAUCUUCAUAAGAAUAAAUAAAAUUCCUCAUAGUCUUUAUAAAAUAAGGGUGUAGUACUUCACAGUUUUAUUUUUUUGCCUGUCUAUCCCACAUCUAACCAGUCAUUCCACAUGUUUUAUAUUAUGUUCAUGAGGACACAUAGUAAUAGGCAUUACAAAAUAAGAGUAAAACAGUCGUAGCUAUAACACAAAAUAACACGCUUUACGUUAUUUCAUGAAAUGCAGAACAACAAAUAUUAUGGUCUAGGGAGAUUUAAAUGAGGCCACCGACAGCAGCGGACGUGAGAGGAGCGAUGGAAAAGGGAAAGUAGGGCGAACGUGAUAAACACACAAGCAGUGAAGGAAAGGGAAAUGAAAGUGGCGUGAGUAGUUGAGAAAAGAUAAGAGAAAAAAGCGUCACUGGGAAAAGAUGGCAGCAUCUCCUUUAAUGUCCGACAGAGAGGAAACUGGCCACUCGUCUUCAUGUUUCAGGGAAAAGUUCUGAGGUUGACAAAAGCAAGCGAUUCAGUUUUUUCUUAAAUGCGAUAGGGCAUUGAAAUGUGAGCAAAGUUCAGGGUAGUUUGUUCCAGAGAGAGACAGCAGCAGCAGAGGAAUUUUAUGAAUGGACGCCGCUAAUAUAUUAGAUAAGGACGACCUCUUGUCGCGAUUAUGAUGAUUUCUCAUGUGAGGUUUUGGACUGCAUACACGAUGAGGAGCCUAUGAAAUAUGUAACUUGGGUGGACCUAGACAUCCCAAUCGGGCAUGUGAAGUACUGACACAGUCAAAUAAAUUCACACAAUCAUUCUUGGUUGGUUAUAAACGAUUAAAUUUUUCCAACUCGUGUCGUGUUUGCAUUUUGUGGAAAGAUUAGAGGUUUAGCAGAACGCGAUUUCACGAAUGUGCGUUUCGUGUCCAAUUUAGUGUAUUUAUGCGCGCAUCAUGUAUCACAUAUGACAAUUAAAGCCCCCUGAAUAUAUUGCGUAUUACUGGGGGUGGGCCACAUCUAUAAUGAUAAGUGCACUACAAAUAAAAUAUAAUACGUAGGGUACUAUAUGUAUGAUCGUCUAGCGGCACGCGCAGUACGUUUGCAGGACUUUGGCAACGAGGCUGUAGUAUUUACUCUGCAUCCGAUCGGAAAUCAUUACGUAAAGUUCUACGUCCUUUUUACAGACCACGGUGAAUCUUGUUUAUAUUUAUGCAGAUGAAGUAAAACGUGUAAAUAUGUUUCGAUAUGAAGCCAAGACGCUCCCUAACAAUAAGGAAUAUGCCUUGGCGCACUCCUUAGUGAGUUAUCACUGGAGAAUGUCAUGCAUCCCAAGAUUGUGAUUGUGAAAGAAAUAAAUCCAGUAACAUCCGAGGAACACGUCAGUAUUUCCGAAAUACUGUAGUACUACGAAUGCAAAUGAACAGAAAAUGUUCUUUCACUUUUCCCAGUACUUCAUUUCAUUCCUCCAUACGUGCAUGGUUCAGUAUCAACCAUAUGGCUGCUCUCACCAAACAAUAAAUUGAAAUCUAAAAGUAGAUUGUUGUAACUUAAAAAAUUACAUACGUUGUAUAAACUUCGUUGAAAACUUAGGUGAAAUUUGUUAUAGCCAUGUGGUCUUCACAUCACGAAGUUUCAAUGUGAUAUGGGUGAUCUAGCAAUGUGGCUCCUGGUUCUGUUGGUGUGGAUUGGGUAACGGAUUUUGUAGAGGGGGAUGUCAGCUGUGUGGUUGGUGCUUCAAGCGGUAUAUAUUGGAAGGAUGUGGGAGCUCAACUGAAACAGUGCUAGAGUCAAACAGUGGAAACAGGAGAUAUUGGUGGGACAGAUGUAUGUUGACCUGCAUAGUGGAUAAGGCAGGCUGUGAUUAAGUUUGUAAGAAAGCUGGACAACAGUUCUGGAUCAGGAGGAGAGAAGCCCCCUGAUUUACUUUGCGACAGACCGUUGAGUAUGAACGAUGGGAGGAACGGAGUUGGAAGGUAAGAUUGACAAGUCAGUGAAAUUUCACACAUUAGGUUUCUAAGAACUUGAGCAAAGAAUUGGUAGUGGAAUGAUGGUGACAAAAGGUAGACAGAUACUGAAGACAUGUCAGAGUGCAUGACAUUCCAGGUUCUAAAGAGAAUGGUAGGAUUUAUAGGGCACACAAAUCAGAGCGUUGGUAGCAAAGCUGACGAUAGGUCAAGUUGUGAUUUGAUAGCUGUGUAGAAUGGUGGAAGGAUUUGUUUCAGCCCGUUUGCUAUUUUAGUAUUUUUGUCUGAUGUGCUCUUUAUGUUGUGUAGUUCCUCAGAUAGUUUGUAGUCAAGUGUUAGUUCCAGAUAUUUCAGUUUUUUUUUUUUUUUUU